GCUGCUGAUGCUGCUGAUACUGCUGCUGCUGAACUGUUCAUCUGCGCGCCUUCUUUCGUUCUUGUUGUUUCUCUUCCCACGUGUUACUCUGCUGCUGUUGGUUGUAAAAAGCACAAUCCCUUUUUGCUGUCGGGUAACCGGUUGCCCUGGCAACCUGUUACCUCUUCUUGUUCUUCUUGUUCUUUAAACUCGUGCGUACGUCGCCGUUGUUUGUCUGAAUUUUAUCAAUAAAGUUCGGGGGGAAAAGUGGAAGACUCGUUGCUGUAGUGCCGCGUCCGUCCGUCGGGAGGCGCUCGCGGGCGGCUGUGAGAUCCCGGCCGGCCGGCCAGCCAGCCGCGUCAGUCGGCGGUGGGUGUUACUCGGGCCUGCGGGGGAGCGAGCUGGCUGCACUUGGCGCUGCUGCGGAAAUGCCUCCCAAAGCCACGGCUCCUUUACACCACCACCACUACCACCGCCACCGCUAGCUAGCUAGGUAGCGAGCUAGCUAGGUAGCUGCGCUCCGCGCUAGCAUGUAGCAUGUAGCUAGCGAGUAGCGCAUAGCGGUAAGAGCGGUAAGAGCGGCGACGCUGCGGCGGCGGUAGCCCGUCUGUCGCUAAGCUCGUCAGUUGGCCGGGCUGGCUUGGACGCAGUUCUUCCAUUUUUUCUUCUUCUUUUCUGACGCUCGCAGGUUUUGUUAGGUUCCGCUAGCGGCGGCUGUAGCCUUGUUGACGUGACGUGAUUGCUAACGCCAGCGGACGUCAUCGGGACCGUGGAGUUUCCUCCGCGUCGUGGCUCGUCCUCACCCCGAACAAGCGGGCUCCCCUCACCGUCCCGCUCGGUGUGGCGGACGCUUAACGGCAAGUUACGCCACAGUGAUGCGGUUGUGUUUUAGUAGCUUUACCUCGAUAGCUACUUAGGCUAGCUCGCUCGCUAGCUAGCGAGUUAGCUUUGCCCGCUAGCUAGCUAGCUAGCGUUAGCGACACAAGCUGUCCAGCAGCAAGACGGUUUCGGUGAGCGAACCACGACAAUAUCGUCGCUCACACGCCACCGUCACGUCCGAGGCCACUCUGCCCGCAACUAUGUUUGAGAUGGACACGCACGUAUCUUGCCUUUUCCCGGAGAUCUUGGCCAUUAUCUUCAGCUACCUUGACGUUAAGGACAAAGGAAGAGUGGCCCAAGUGUGCGUGGCCUGGAGAGACGCGUCCUACCACAAGUCUGUGUGGAGGGGGGUGGAAGCCAAGCUCCAUCUCCGAAGAGCGAACCCGUCCCUGUUCCCGAGUCUGCAAACGAGAGGGAUUAAGAAAGUCCAGAUCCUCAGCCUCAGGCGAAGUCUGAGCUACGUGAUCCAGGGGAUGCCGCAAAUCGAAAGUCUUAACUUAUGUGGAUGUUUCAACCUCACGGACAACGGACUCGGACAUGCGUUUGUACAGGACAUUCCAUCCUUGCGGGUUCUCAACCUUAGUCUCUGCAAGCAGAUAACGGACUCCAGCCUGGGGAGAAUUGCUCAGUAUCUGAAAAACCUGGAAGUGCUUGAGCUGGGGGGAUGCAGCAACAUCACCAACACAGGCCUGCUGCUUGUUGCCUGGGGCUUGCACAGACUCAAGAGCCUUAACCUACGCAGCUGCAGGCAUGUGUCAGAUGUGGGGAUCGGGCACCUUUCCGGGAUGACUCGCAGUGCUGCAGAGGGUUGCUUAUCGCUUGAGAAGUUGACCCUGCAGGACUGCCAGAAGCUGACUGACUUGUCCCUCAAGCACGUCUCAAAGGGCCUAAACAAGCUCAAAGUCCUUAACCUCAGCUUCUGUGGGGGAAUUUCAGAUGCAGGUAUGAUACACCUGUCACACAUGGCCCACCUGUGUAGCCUGAACUUGCGAUCAUGUGACAAUAUUAGUGACACAGGAAUCAUGCAUCUGGCAAUGGGCUCUCUCCAGCUAUCCGGCCUCGACGUGUCCUUCUGUGACAAGAUCGGUGAUCAGAGCCUGGCUUACAUCGCCCAGGGGCUGUACCAGCUCAAGUCCCUCUCUCUUUGCUCCUGCCAUAUCAGUGAUGAUGGAAUCAACAGAAUGGUGCGCCAGAUGCACGAACUUAAGACCCUCAACAUCGGGCAGUGUGUACGGAUCACGGACAAGGGGCUAGAGCUUAUAGCAGACCACCUGACACAGUUAACAGGGAUUGAUCUGUAUGGUUGUACCAAGAUCACUAAAAGAGGUCUGGAGAGAAUAACGCAGCUCCCGUGCCUUAAAGUCUUAAACCUGGGACUAUGGCAGAUGACUGAGAGUGAGAGAGUUAGAUGAACGCUGUUGUUUAAAUAGUGCGUUUAAUCUGUUGUGUAUAAUGUUCUCUCUCCUGUAUACUGUAUGACUGCCAAUACCUGUUGUUACCUUUACCUGCUUUGCUGACUAAAACCUCAAAGGGAAUCGGCAUUAAUCAUUCAAAUAUAGAAGGCUUGAGCAUUCACCUUUUCUGCGAUAUUACACUCCUUGUUUCAGUAAUAUUUAAUUCUUGCAGGCUCUGUUGCUGUACUUUGGUUGUCUCACUUUGGCCUAGGCAGAGUUCUUCUUAGCUAGCUACCUCACCCAUUAGAGACAGGAGUGCCUACCACCACAUUGCAUCUGAAACUACAUUGCAUAUUUUUCUGAGUGAUUAUGGAGUUUUUGAUACUCAUGAAGAUCUAAUUGCUAAAUAAUACCUAGUCGUUGUAACAUAUCUCAGAAAGGCAGUAGUACCUUAGAUUGAAGUUUUGAUAAAAACAAAUUCUUUCCUGAUAUAUUUUUUGCCUAUGUAACAUAUUUUUUGUAUUGAAUGAUUUGUCCUUAAAAUUUGUACUUCAAAUUGAAGUGAGUUGAUUGCUCUUGUUUUUCUGCCUAUAUCCGUUUAUUUGGCAGUUUUAGUUUAGCCAGUUUUCUAUAUCUGAAGAAAUACCGUAUAUCAGAUAUGCCAUGUCAACAUGACUACAUCAGGGCAGUUGCCUAUAUGCAAACUCUUAUACUGUACACCAACCCUCCUCCUCCUCCUCCUGAAGAGCUUUCAAGGAAAUAGUGUUGAAGUAUUGUUUAAAAAACAGUAACUUAAGAUUGUUUUAUAUUCACACAGUAGUGAUAUUUAUGAAUAAAGAUGGUAAAUAUGUUUCAUUAUUUGCCUUUUGUUCUGUUCGCUGCAGUUGCGAGCUCCAGGUGUGGUUCUGAAGCGUCACGUAUGUGAUGUGGGAACCAGGGCGGAAGCGUCUGUUGAGCAGGACUCACCCUGAGAGACUGGGAGCAUGUUGGCGAAGCUGAGUCGGUGGUGCUGCUCUGAGCUACACCUUCAGUGUAAAACUGGGGAGAUUUUACGAAUUAGAAUGUUUGAAAUAACGACUGAGUCCACAAAGACAUUUACACACAGUUACCCACAGCCAGGAGACGAGGUGGAGAGUGUUUGGCGUCAACUGGUUACUCUCACUGCAAAUGAACAACUAUUCUCUUGCCUUGGUCACCUUUCAAUUAUCAACCCAUUUUAACACGUCCGAAACAGUCUUCAUGUGUUACAACCAUUUUUAACAAAGAUAUUCCUGUGAAAUGUCUCAGACAAACAAACUUGGAUUUACUUUGUUUUCAUUUCAGUUUAAAUAUUUUAACAGUGCAGACAGUAAUACCUAAAAAAAUAUAAUGGUAAUAUUAAACAUCUACAUUAA